AUGUCUUCGUCAUCUGGCCCACACCCGUUGGCCCUUCCGCCCACCUUCUCUCCCGAUACUCUCGACGCGCUCUCGGAGCUCUCCCUCGUCCUCGCCCGUGUCCGCGCCGGCAUCCAGUCCUCGGCCGGCAUCACCACCGAGCCCGCGCCAGGUACGACCGGUCACAAUGCUCCAGGCGGUCCUACGCUUUCCUUCAAGGACGUCCCAGGGGCGACCGAUGGUCUCAAGCACAAGCUGCAACGAGCUCGCGCUCAGGUCCGUGAGCUUCCGGACAUGAACCGGCCCAUCGCGGAGCAGGCCGAUGAGAUCCGUGAGCUUGAGGCCCGCAUAGAGAUGCAGAGGGCAGUGCUUCAGAAACUACGAGACGAGGCCGCAGGCAAGGAGAGAAAAGAUGACGUCGCUGCCGCCGAUAAAAUGCAGACAUAA